AUGACUUUUAGAGCUACUCGCCACUGUAUGGAAAUAAGCCACCUCGCCUACGCCGAUGACAUUGUGAUAUUCACACAAGCAGCGGAGGGACCUCUUAGGCGGCUGCGGACUUGCUUGGAGACAUAUGCCGGGGUUUCCGGGCAGCAGAUUAACUUGGCAAAAAGCAACUUCUACAUUGCCGAACAACAUGAAGGGUGCGCCAACAUUAUACAAAAUGAAGGAGGCUUCGCACGAGGUACUUUCCCAUUUUUGUACCUUGGAGUUCCUAUUUAUCGUGGUGUCAAACAUACAGAUAUGUUUAUGUUCCUUCGGGAAAAGAUUGCUGCACGUAUCUCGGGGUGGGCUCAUCGACACCUCUCCUUUGGAGGUAGGCUUACACUACUCCAAAGCACACUUGAAGCGGUGCCGCUGCACAUUUUCCAGGCCAUUGAACAAACAUCCGGGGCCCUUAAGCAAUUGGAUCAGCAGAUGGCCCGAUUUUUCUGA